GCUGGUGUGGGGUCGCUUUCCCAGGUGUCCAAGGAGGAGGGCUCUGCCCUGGCCCGGGAGUUCAACUGCCCCUUCUUCGAGACGUCGGCGGCGUUCCGGUACUACAUCGACGACGUGUUCCACGCCCUGGUGAGGGAGAUCCGCCGCAAGGAGAGGGAGGCCGUGAUGGCCAUGGAGAAGAGAUCCAAGCCCAAGAGCAGCGUGUGGAAGAGGCUCAAGUCUCCCUUCCGCAGGAAGAAGGACUCGGUCACCUGAGCCGGGGAUGGGAGAAGGAAAAUUCCUCUGGGAAGAACCGAAGGAGAGCCCGGCGGGCGGGCCCGGGGCGGCUCAGGGACAUCACCCUGCGGGGACUCCGGGAGGGAGCGAGUGACUCUGCCCGUUGUCUCUGUUUAGGAUGAGAUUCCCUUCCUUCUGGAUCUUGGACUCCGGACACGGCGACGGUUUUCCUCCUGUUUGUUGCCAUUUUUCCCUCGGUUCCCGGCGUCGCCUGGGAGCGUUCCCGGGUCAGACUGGGAGUGCUGGGAGCUGGGCUGUGCCAAACGUGGCUGGAGCUGCCCCCAAACCGGCUGAAUUCCCUGUUUUCCCGGUCGUUUUGCACGAGCUGCUCUCCAGAACAACAACAACAACAGCUCGAGGGGCCCGGCCGGGAGGUCGCUGAGCAGAGCUGGGCUGGGCUGGGCUGGGCUGGGCUGGACUUCUCGGCUCCUCACUGAGGAGAUUUGGGUUUUUUUUCCCGACAAAAUUAACGUGGGAUCCUUGUGCAAGUGUUACCCGAGCGCUCAGCUCACCAGCAGGGUGGUGGGUGGGACCUAAACGAGUCGGAGUCACGGAAUCAGCCGGGUCGGAAAAGGGCUCUGAGAUCCUUGAGUCCAUCCUGGGACCCACCCCCACCACACCCCGUCCUUUGAAACCCCUCCGGGGCUCCAGCAGCUCCCUGGGCAGCCCAUUCCAGUGUGGAGUUCCCGUGUCCCGUCCCCCUUUGUCCCACCGUGGCAGCAGUGCAGGAACGUGGAGAUUUCCCCGCUGGAAUCGCGUUGGAGGCGCUGCCACCUGCGGAGAGCGCAGCCUGGAGUUCCCUGGCCCGUCCGAACCCCCCCAGAUCCCGGGGGGAGCCGCAUUCCAGCGGGGCCGGGGCGGAGCCGCAGCUUCUCCCGCCUCCUCCGAGGAAAUGCCGGCCCCGGGAUCCGGGAUCCACCGGGAUCCGGGAUGGGGAGGGAGGAGAGACCCGAGUGUGCCCCAAGAGGAGCAAACCCGCUGCUUCCAGCGGCACUUCCAGGGAAAGGGGGAUCCGGGGGUCGGGGCUGAGCUCGCUCUGCUCCAGCCCCUGCUCUUGUCACACCCUGUCUCCUUUCUCCCUUUCUUUCUCUUUCUUUCUUUU